CACACAAUUUCAAGUUGGCCUAUGCUUUUUUGUUUCAGGUUUCAGAUUCUAAAGAAAAUAAAAAUGUGGUGUCAUCAGACCUACUCUACUCAGUAAUUCCAAAGUAUGUUGAUAAUAUUGACAAUCAGAAUGUGUGUAUAGAAGAUAAAUAUGAGACCAUCAACACUGAUGAUGAUUCAACUGCAAUCGAAAAUUUACUAAUGACUGGAAAUGAAAAUAGAAUUGAUGACCAGAAUUUGUGUAUAGAAGUUCAGUCUGAGAUCAUUAACACUAAUAAUGAUUCAACUGCAAUCGAGAAUUUACUAAUGACUGGAAAUGAAAAUAAAAUUGAUGAAUCAUCAGAAACGUAUUUAGAGAUUCCUGUUUACAGUUGUACCUUAAUAGAUGGAAGUGAAAUUGCCAUAACUGAAUGUGAAAAUAUUAGUGGCGAUCUUAUGGACACUAGUACUGCCUCAACCAACAAUGAAUAUACACAGAUGGUAUCAGAUUCUAAAGGGAAUAACCAUGUGGAGUCAUCAGGCAUAUUAUAUUCAGUAAUUCCAAAGUCUGUUGAUAAUAUUGACCACCAGAAUGUGUGUAUACGAGAUGAAUCUGAGAACAUUUUUAACACUGCUAAUGAAUCAUCUGCAAUGGAAAAUUCACUAAUGGUUGCAGAAAAUAAUGACAGUUUUGUUAUCUUUGAUUGUCGUGUGAAAGAUCCAGACUGGAUUCCAUGUGAAGAUGACAGUGAUGCAGAUAAUAAUCAGAACAUAGAAGGAGACAGGACUGAAGAACAAGCUAAUCAGAACAUAGAAGGAGACAGGACUGAAGAACAAGCUAAUCAGAACAUAGAAGGAGACAGGACUGAAGAACAAUCUAAUCAGAACAUAGAAGAAGAGCAAGAUGCUGCACCUGUUCGGAGAAAAAGGAACCGUUGGAUGGUUGCUGACCCUUCAUCAUGGCAGAGAAACUUGGCAAAGAAGAAAAGAAACAUGGGAGAGACUUAUACUGUGAAACGAAAAGGAGAAGUGAACCGACUAUCUGAAAGUCUCAUAAAAGUUGAAACAAGGACUGCAACUCUGAUGCAUCUAUCUCCAGCUUUGGAACGCCAGAAAAUAGCUGAAUCUAUUAAGAGCAUCUCUAAAAAAGUAGAAGAAAUAAAACCAAGGAGCAAGCCAUCUUAUGCUGAAAUGCUUCAGCUGCCAUCAAAGGUGAAGACAAGGACAGAUGGAGGUAAGCCGGUGAGGAUUCAACCGAAAGAGGAAGUGAUAAUAAUCAAGCAUGCGGAAGUGAAAGGAGAUGAGAAGGAGGCGAGCUGA